CUCCCUUCCUAUAACAUAUUGCCACACAAAUACAGAAAAGGGUCAGAAAACAAUUAUUUCUUGAUAAAAUGCAGAGUGGCAAUAUGGGUCUGUUGAAGUAUUGAUCGACGCACCCAUUUUCAUUGAUUGAUUUUAUAAAUGGCUCUUCAAGAGCUUCAUCGAUGACUGCUUGCUUAGGGCAUGAAUUUCUUUAAGCGACUUUCUACAGCUCUAUCAUUGAUGACUGAUUGAUUAUGUUAAACAUGGGAGUUUAUAAUAUUGUUCAGGAAAGCUGAAAGAUGGAGAGGGCAAAGCUGGAUUUGAGAUUCAAUCAUUCUGGAUCUGCACAAUCAGAGGAAUCGGCUUUAGAUUUGGAAAGAAAUUGUUGCAAUCAUAUGAAUCUGCCUUCAACAAGUCCUCCACCACUACAAGCCUUUGCAUCGAGUAGUCAGAUCCCAGAGAGCAAUGCAGCUUACUUUUCAUGGCCUAGCCGGUUGGAUGCCGUUGAGAGGGCAAAUUACUUUGGACACCUUCAGAAGAGGGUUCUACCUGAAACUCAUGGGCGGCUUCCAUCUGGACAACAAGCUACGACGUUGCUUGAUCUUAUGACCGUUAGGGCGUUUCAUAGCAAAAUCCUUCGCCGGUUUAGUCUUGGAACAGCAAUUGGAUUUCGCAUCAGGCGUGGUGUUUUGACAGAAAUACCUGCUAUUCUUGUCUUCGUUGCCAGAAAAGUCAACAGGCAGUGUCUGAGCUGUGUCGAAUGUCUCCCGGCCUAUCUUGAGGGACCAGGGGGCAUAUGGUGUGACGUUGAUGUUGUUGAGUUCUCUUACUACGGUGCACCUGCAGCUACCCCAAAGGAACAAUUGUACAAUGAACUCGUGGAUGGCUUGCGUGGAAGUGACCCUUGCAUUGGUUCUGGCUCUCAGGUGGCAAGUCAAGAGACUUAUGGAACUUUGGGUGCUAUUGUUAAAAGCCGGACAGGAAACCGGCAGGUUGGUUUUCUCACUAAUCGGCAUGUAGCAGUUGACUUGGAUUACCCAAGCCAGAAAAUGUUUCAUCCCUUGCCGCCAAGCCUUGGACCUGGAGUGUAUUUGGGUGCUGUAGAGAGAGCAACAUCAUUCAUAACUGAUGAUCUUUGGUACGGCAUGUUUGCAGGAAUGAACCCAGAAACAUUUGUACGGGCAGAUGGAGCUUUCAUUCCUUUUGCAGAAGAUUUUGGCAUGUCGAGUGUGACUACAUGUGUAAAAGGCAUAGGUGAGAUUGGCGAUGUGAAUAAAAUAGACCUGCAGGCUCCCAUUGGUAGCCUGAUUGGCAGGCAAGUGGUGAAAGUUGGGAGGAGCUCGGGGUUGACCACCGGGACUAUAAUGGCGUACGCCCUAGAGUAUAAUGACGUAAAAGGAAUAUGUUUCUUCACCGACUUUCUUGUUGUUGGUGAAAACCAACUGACAUUUGAUCUUGAAGGUGAUAGUGGUAGCCUCAUUCUUCUGACUGGUAAAAACGGAGAGAAGGCACGACCUGUUGGAAUCAUAUGGGGUGGAACAGCUAAUCGAGGUCGGUUAAAACUGAAAGUUGGUCAAUCUCCCGAGAAUUGGACGAGUGGGGUUGACUUGGGCCGCCUCCUUGAUCUCCUUGAACUCGAUCUCGUUACAUCCAAUGAAGCUCUUCAAGCGGCACUAAAAGAGCAGAGAAAUGCUGGUGCAUCACAAGUGGGAAUCGGGUCUACUGUGGCUGAGUCAUCAUCGCCUGGUGAGCGAGGAGGAGUUGGUGAUUUGAAAGAGAAGGCCGAGGAGGAGGAGAAGUUUGAAACACUUGAUCUAAACGUCCAGCAAGUUCCCAUUGAUGGUGAUUUUGAGGUGCCGGGAUUAAUCCCACCCCACGAACACGAAUUUCAGAUUCAGAUUCCGAGCAGAAAUGAACCACCUCCCACUCCGCACCAGUUCAUUCCAAGCAUCGCUGAUGCAUCUCCAGUGCACCGACAGAAGGGGGAAAGAGUUGAAUCGAAAAAUGGGCAUAGCCAUAAGUCGGGUGACGAAGAGUUUUCUGUUGUUUCUUUGGAGUUAGGUGAACCUGAAGUGAAGAGAAGAAAGGUUUUGGAAUCUCAGUUGGCUUGGCUUCAUGACUUGUCCAGAUAACUAAAUACCCAAACCCAAGUUCAAGUUGAGAGGUUUAAGGAAACCUACAAUUGGGUUAUUCUUUCUCACAUCUAAUUGUGAAUGAAUGAAUGAAUGAAUGUUACAACAGCUCUAGCCUCUAGCCUCUAGAUUAGUGUUGUAUGAUAUAAUACAAAUCUUCAAAUCACAAGGGAACUGUAAUUAUUUAUAUGCACUUUUACUGGGAACCGUCACACCAACGUAUGAUGUUUUAGUUCACAAA